AUGCAAGAUCAAAUCGACUCGCAUGGCAGCGACGCCACAGAGACCAACGAGUCCAAAGAUCCAGACAGGGAAAUUACCACACUUGCACAGUCGAUUUCACACAUCUCGCGCCAGAACAGUCUGAAUGUCGACAAGACUGAGGGGAUCAAUACCUUCCUCGAUCCAACCGGGGACCCUGAGCUUGACCCCAACAGUGACACGUUCAUAUCGCGCAAAUGGGUCAGGAACAUGCUGCGGAUGGUAUCCAGUGAUGUGAACCGCUACCCGCGUCGUAAAGUAGGGGUCUCGUUUCGCAACCUUAAUGUUUUUGGCUAUGGCACCGCGGCCGACUACCAGAUGAACUUUGCCAACACCUGGCUCAAAGCUGCCGACUGGCUGCGAGGUGUCCUGGGAAAGGACAAGAAAGUACGAAUUGAUGUCCUGCGUGGAUUUGAAGGUAUCGUACAUAGUGGGGAGAUGCUAGUUGUUCUAGGUCGUCCGGGCAGUGGAUGCUCUACCUUUCUCAAGACUAUCGCAGGAGAGACACACGGGCUCUAUCUGGACAAGGACACAAACACGGAAAUACAGUAUGACGGCAUCUCGUGGGACGACAUGCACGGCCGCUUCCGCGGUGAAGUCAUCUACCAAGCUGAAACGGAAAUACAUUUCCCACAGCUGACCGUCGGUAACACACUGCUGUUUGCUGCUCAGGCUCGAGCCCCAAGCAACCGUCUUCCCGGGGUUACACGCGAUCAGUAUGCAGUACAUAUGCGAGACGUCGUGAUGGCGACGCUUGGUUUGACCCAUACCAUGAAUACUAAAGUGGGGAAUGAGUUUAUUCGUGGGGUCUCUGGAGGUGAGAGAAAGCGGGUGAGCAUAGCUGAGACUACACUGUGUGGUUGUCCUUUGCAAUGCUGGGACAACAGCACUCGAGGAUUGGAUAGCUCUACCGCACUCGAGUUUGUCAAGAAUAUCCGCCUCUCCACAGAAUACAGCAACACCACUGCGAUUGUCGCCAUUUAUCAAGCCAGUCAAUCAAUCUACAAUCUUUUCGACAAAGCAAUUGUUCUCUACGAAGGCCGUCAGAUCUAUUUCGGCAAUGCUCACGAUGCACGGCGCUUUUUCAUUGAGAUGGGCUUUGACUGUCCAGAUAGACAGACUACCGCAGACUUCCUUACCUCCCUGACCAGUCCAUCUGAGCGUCUUGUCAGGCCAGGGUUUGAAAGCGCUGUACCUCGUACCCCCGAUGAGUUUGCAGCUCGCUGGAAGUUUAGUCCUGAGCGGAGGGAGCUGCUAGCUGAAAUUGAUGCAAGCCAAAAAAAUAGUCAGAAUCGAGGAAAGUUCGAAGAGUUCAGUGUUUCUCGUGCGGCAGAGAAGCCGAAAGGUACCCGUGCAGCCUCGCCUUACACCUUGUCAUAUCCGAUGCAGAUUCGCCUUUGCCUUUGGCGGGGAUUCCUACGCUUGAAGGGGGAUCUCAGCAUGACGCUCGCUACUGUGAUUGGCAAUACGGCUAUGAGUCUAAUCAUUGCCAGUAUAUUCUACAACUUAGAGGCUGAUACGGACAGCUUUUUCCGACGUGGUGCUUUGCUUUUCUUUGCAAUUCUCAUGAACGCAUUCUCAAGCGCUCUCGAGAUUAUGAUCAUGUGGCACCAACGGUCCAUCGUGGAAAAGCAUGACAAGUAUGCUUUGUACCACCCUUCAGCAGAAGCUAUCAGUUCUUACAUCGUGGAGAUGCCCUCAAAGGUCUUGCUUGCAAUUGUGUUCAAUCUAAUUAUCUACUUCAUACCGCACCUUCGUCGAACCCCAGGUCAUUUCUUUAUCUUCUUCCUGUUUUCCUUUACCACAACCCUGGUAAUGUCGAAUCUCUUCCGUUUUAUCGGUGCAAUUUCAAGAUCUAUGGAGCAAGCAAUGCUUCCUUCGUCACUCUUCAUGAUGAUUUUGGUUAUCUACACUGGGUUCACCAUCCCAGUCAGAGAUAUGCAUCCUUGGUUCAGGUGGUUAAAUUACUUGAACCCAAUUGCCUAUGCUUUCGAAUCCUUAAUGAUCAACGAAUUCAGCGGUCGACAAUUUCUCUGCGCCCAGUAUGUACCGGGUAUCUUACCUAUGUAUAAGGAUGCACCAAUGAGCUCGAAAAUAUGUUCGCAAAAGGGUGCAGUGGCAGGGCAAGAUUUUAUCGACGGAGAAGCGUACAUCAACACCACUUAUCGAUAUUUCAAGUCACAUCUGUGGCGCAAUUAUGGUAUUCUCUGUAUAUUCUUUGUGGCUUUCUUGGUGAUGUACAUCGUUGCCAGUGAGCUCGUUCGCGCUAAACCAUCCAAGGGUGAGAUCCUUGUGUUUCCACGCGGUAAAAUCCCAGUCUUUGCCAGGAACCGCAAGGAUGACGCAGAAAGAGUCAUUGCUUCGGAGAAACGUGCGGUUGCGGUUGCUGACAAUGAAGAUCAAACUGCAGCCAUCAUUCGUCAGACCUCCAUCUUUCAUUGGGAAAAUGUAUGCUAUGACAUCAAAAUUAAAGGAACACCACGUCGCAUCUUGGACUGCGUGGAUGGCUGGGUCAAGCCAGGCACUCUUACAGCUCUAAUGGGUGUCACUGGAGCGGGUAAAACGUCUCUCCUCGACGUUUUGGCAGACCGUGUUACCAUGGGAAUGAUAACUGGAGAUAUGCUCGUUGACGGCCGUCCUCGAGAUGAUUCGUUCCAGCGCAAGACAGGCUAUGUCCAGCAACAGGACCUUCAUCUUGAGACCAGCACAGUCCGCGAGGCUUUGACUUUUAGCGCUCUUCUUCGCCAACCUGCCAGUACUCCUCGCAGCGAAAAGAUCGCCUAUGUCGAAGAGGUUAUUCACAUGCUCGGCAUGGAGGAAUACGCAGAGGCUGUUGUCGGGGUCCUUGGCGAAGGACUGAACGUUGAACAACGAAAGCGAUUGACCAUUGGCGUGGAGCUUGCAGCCAAGCCAGCACUCUUGCUCUUUUUCGAUGAGCCAACAUCGGGCUUGGAUAGUCAAACUGCAUGGUCAAUUUGCACUUUGAUGCGCAACCUUGCCAACCAUGGCCAGGCCGUUUUGUGUACCAUCCACCAACCUUCGGCUAUGCUCAUGCAGCAAUUUGACCGGCUGCUCUUUCUGGCAAAAGGAGGACGCACGGUCUAUUUCGGAGAACUCGGACAACACAUGAGGACAUUGAUCGAAUAUUUCGAGAGCAAGGGGUCAAUCAAAUGUCCUCGAAACGCAAACCCCGCCGAGUGGAUGCUAGAGGUGAUUGGAGCUGCUCCAGGCUCCCACGCGGAUAGAGAUUGGGCCGAUCAAUGGAACAACAGCAGUGAGUGUGAACAGGUCCGUCUGGACCUGGCUGCAAUGAAAGCAGAGCUGCUGGAGAAGCCUGAGCCUCCACGAGACGCGGGAUACGGACAAUUUGCGAUGCCAAUCUGGUAUCAGUUUGUGAUUUGUAUUCAACGAAUGUUUCAGCAGUACUGGAGGUCUCCAGGAUACCUUUACUCCAAAGCUGCGACAGCUAUCAUCCCUCCACUUUUCAUCGGAUUCACAUUCUGGCAUAUGCCGACCAGUCUUCAAGGCUUGCAAAAUCAGAUGUUUGCCAUUUUCAUGCUGCUGAUCAUCUUCCCGAAUCUGGUACAGCAAAUGAUGCCCAGCUUUGCUACCCAACGCGCUUUGUAUGAGGUGCGAGAACGGCCAUCUAAGACAUAUGCGUGGCAGGCAUUCAUGAUGGCCAGUAUCUUUGUGGAAUUGCCAUGGAAUAUCCUAGUCUCCGUGCCGGCUUUCUUCUGUUGGUUUUAUCCGAUCGGACUGUAUCACAACGCAGAACCGACUGAUGCAGUGGUUGAGCGAAGCGGAGUGAUGUUCCUACUGAUCUUAAUCUUCCUCAUGUUUACAUCGACGUUCAGUUCCAUGGUCAUUGCCGGUAUCGAGCAGCCUGAGACUGGUGGUAACGUUGCUCAGCUCUUGUUCUCGCUAUGCUUGAUCUUCAACGGUGUGCUUGCGAGCCCGUCCGAUUUGCCCCGCUUCUGGAUCUUCAUGUAUCGCCUCUCCCCGUUCACGUAUCUUGUGUCAAGUGUACUCUCAACAGGGGUGGCGGGGACAACUGUGGAAUGUUCGAGUAUUGAGCUGCUCACAGUCUCGCCUCCUGCUGGACAAAAUUGCUCCAGCUAUCUGGGGCCGUACAUCGAUGCUCUACAUGGCCGCUUGUUGAAUCCUGAAGCAUCAACGAAUUGCGAGAUCUGCUCCAUGUCGAGGACGGACCAGUUCUUGGAGGGCUUGGGCAUGCGGUACUCGGACCAUUGGCGCAAUAUCGGAGUGCUGUUUGCCUUUGUGGGGUUUAAUAUUGUUGCUGCUGUGUUCUUGUACUGGCUCAUCCGUGUGCCUAAGCAAUGGUCGCGGAAGGUCAAGGCUUGA